AUGACUAUUAAAUUGGUGGUGAGUGAGUGUACUUUAAAUGUCGUUAGCGCGUACGCGCCGCAAGUAGGCUUGGAUGAGGAGAUUAAAAGGCGUUUUUGGGAGGGGUUGGAUGACAUCGUUCGUAGUAUUCCGCCUUCGGAGAGGUUAUUCAUAGGAGGAGAUUUCAAUGGUCAUAUUAGGUCGUCUGUAGUUGGUUAUACUGAGGUGCAUGGCGGCUUUGGUGUUGGGGAGAGAAACGGAGGGGGCACUUCGUUGUUGGACUUUGCCAAGGCAUUCGAUCUAGUGAUUGCAAACUCAAGUUUUCCGAAGCGGGAUGAACAUUUGGUUACUUACAAAAGUGCGGUGCCACAAAAGCGGCAGUGUUAUCGCAGAAGCGUGAAGAGGGAGCCGGGCAUGAGGAUCGCAGGUGCGGGUGUUUGGGUGCACCUGCGCGACCGCAGAUGCGGAUCAAUGUGCGUAGGAGCGCGACCUAAAAGUGGAGUGGUGAUUGCAGGAGAGGUAGUUAUUGGUUCAGGGAUUUCUUCGCAUAAGCAAAAUUUGUUAUGCAGAAGCGGAGGUCGCAGAUACGACAUUGUGACAGCAUAUGGAGAAACUGCUGGGUGCCCGGCAGAAGCUAUAAAAUUGAGGUUUGAUUCUCUUAUCAUAUUGUGA